AUGUCGACGGGCAAGAGGCUGACGGCAAAGCGGUCCACGGGCACGAGUAAGACUCUGUACUCCGUACGCUUCGACAUCACCGGCGGCAGUCCGCCGAGUCCGAAGGAGUACACCGACCGCGAUCUCAUCGGACCGGGUUUCGGUUCCGUCACUGGCGCGCGAUUGGUACCCGGUCAGAAGGUUUAUCUGACGUUCAACGGUAGGGAGAUUCACGCGGAGGUCACGGAGCAUCGCCAGCAUCUCGACGAGGUGGACGUGGUCAUUGCCCCGAACGGGCAAGAGGGUACUAUGAGCCUAACCAAACGUAUAGACGAAAUCAGGUUGCUCGAAUCACGUAAGAGUGCACGACUUGCCGAUCAAGACACGGAUUUCGCCAGACUCGCCGAUAUGGCUGGCGAUCGCAAACGGGCGUCCUCCCACUCUAUCGACGUGCCACACGUGAUGGCAUCCAGGAAACGACGGCCAAGCUCGAACAAUGAUUCCGACCGGACAUACGGUUGGGGCGAGAGGGUGGUCUGCGGACGUGAGGGUUGUCGCACCAACGAACGCGGUGAUUGCAUGGAUGAAUGCGCUGCCGCCCUGGUCCUUAUGUCGCUCUCGUGCUCACCUCACAGUCCUCACAACCCCCCGCCACUUCACUGCCAAUACAAUUACGGUUCCUGGGGGAGUCGUGGAGGCGGAGGCAGCGGCAUGAUCGCCGGCUCACCGGGAGUCGGCGGUAUGUCAAAUAGCAGUAGCAGCAGCGGGGCUUCCUGGCGAAGCGGCACUCCCAGUCCACCCCUUAGCGAGGAGGGUGUACCGACGAGAAGUUCUCCGUGUCCGGCGACCUCACAUCCUUCGCACAAUCAGCCGCACUACCCCUACAACACGUCCGGCUCGUCGUCAAGCAGCACCCCGGGCUCGACUACGCUGGAUGAGGGAAUAGUGCCCGACUAUAUCGAGGAACAACACCCACGUAAAAAGAUUCGAGCGAAAGUCAACCAGGACCCGAUCGAGACCGAGCCAGGCGCUUGCGCGACUUUCGAAAGCGAACAGGCGAAUGCGGCAGUGGUCUUCAAGUGCAAUUGGCCGGGUUGCCUCGAAAUCAAGGCGACCGUCGCACUUAUUGAAGAACAUGUGCGCCAGUCACAUCUGCUUCUGGGCCCAAAGAAAUCCAAGGGAUGCGACAGCGAGGACGAUCACGAGGAGGAAUUCUAUUAUCAGGAAGUCGCUGUGGAUCACAUGAGUUCACCUCCCACGAUGUCUCACCGGGACAUGGCAAGACCACCGCACGAGGACCCAGAGUAUCAAAAGCAGCUUCGCCUUGAGGCGACUCCUGCCGCGAGUAACUUUAUCGAGAACGGAAUGGUCGGUGUCAGGGAACCGAGCAACACGUUUACGAUCUCGCAAUCGCCGGGUACACCCAAUAAACACAUCAAACUGUCACCGCGGCCAUUGCAGGCGUGUCAUCAACAGAACAUGACAGCGUCCACGGGCAAGCCGUCCUCUCCGCGGCGAACUCGCAGCGAUGUUAAGAAAUGUCGCAAGAUCUACGGUAUGGAUUCACGUGACCUCUGGUGCACUCAAUGCAGGUGGAAGAAGGCCUGCACCCGUUUCUGCAGCGAAUAGGCCAAGCGUCCGCCCCGUUCGUACGUCCGUGGGCGGAAACCCUUGUCAAGUCGACCCCAGAGUUUGCCAAUGCUACGUUGAACGUUAACACCAACUGCCAAAUGCCAAUCAUCGUCGAAGAUACGGCGUCGAGAAAAAAGCUCCCGCAUUCGGAGCACGAGAUGCGAAACCGCCAAUUAUAUCGCCGGUUAUAGCGAAAAGUGUUACCCUAUGAGUUAUUCCAGCAUAUACCGGGACUUCUCAUGAAAAAGCAAAAAUGCAAAGCUCGUAAAAGCAGCAUCUCUCCCUCUGCUCUCUGUUUUCCGUCGUCGAGACGGGCAUGCACGAGUUUCGGAGAGAAACAUCUCUCCAUAAUUACGGUUGGCGGGUAACUCUAUAGGAUUGAUAAUCAGAUAAAAAGGGUACAUGAUAUAACACUUUUCUAGUGCUCACAGAGGAAGUUACCAACGUAAGAUUUAUCUGAACGAUUUCCGCCCGUUCGUGUUUUGCACUUGGCAAACUCCGACCGGGUCCCUUAGCCGUAACGAGGGACUUUUCGAUUAAAAUAGAUAGCGAAUAAUUGGCGUGCGGAGCGAGGCGACUUCAAACUGUUGCAUUCUCUCGCUCCCAACUCGCCUAACAAAGAGAACCUUUUGGUUCGGUACGAAUGAGAUACGCACUCGCACUCGGAGCGAGCAUGCAUGUCCUUCGAAGUGCUGAUUCCCGAACCGUCUCUUAGGUCAUUGCAAUAGAUCUUCCUUCUUCCGCUGAGAGCGCAAAACGUUAACGCGCUCUCGGUAAUGAUGGAACUAAAGGCGUUAGAUAAAUCCUUAGGGACGCCGUUCGGCCGAUCCCUAGGGAACGAGCGAUCGAAUUUGACGGAUGAAGGGAAGACCGGCGGAAUCGAUGUUCGGUCUGACCGAUGUUCAAUGCUAAACGAACGCAGACAAGCAAGAUUGGUAAGUCUCGCGUGGAACAGAGCUGUUAAUUGUGAUAUUGUAUCUAAAUUUAUUGGAUCUGCCGUGAAUCGAGCAGGAAAGCGCAAAGGUGUGUAAAGAAAUGAGAGAAGGAAAGAUAAAAAAAAGAAGAAACAAAAUUUUAUACACCAAUUAUACUGCCAGAUAAAUAAUUCAAAAAAUUGUUGUUCAAGCCUCUCUCUCGCGCGUUAAAGAGGCACUAUAUGUUGCACGGCAUGCGUCGCCGUAUACCGGACUUAGCCUUGUUAGCCUUCUGACGACCUAAGACCGUAUUCGCCAACAAAGGAGCUGCACGCGCGUAUUGGGGUAGGGCUACGCAGUUGAAUCGAUCGAUCUAAUAUUUGAAGAUUUCGCUCCAGAUCACAUACAUGCACUCAUUAAACACACAGGUACACUUAUAUACAUACAUGUACUGCGUGUUGCAUCAACAUAUUGAUCAAACGUCGGUUAUUUUAUAAGUGUAAUGCCUGUUAGAGAAGGCAUUACAUUCAUAAAUGUAAUCAAUCGAAUUUUAUAAAUGUAAUAUUUACUAAAAACAUUUAUAAAAUAAUCUGAUAUACUGACCGAUAUAUGUUGACGCAACAGGCGGUACAUCGCGAGCGCGAAGAAUGGUGACAUCACAUUUGUAUAGUCUAAUCUACGUCAUUUCUUAUACUCCUUUCUCGCUUCGGGUCAUUCGCGGGACGAUUUAUCCACUCGAAUCGUUUAUUUCGAAAUACAACGUUUGAUCUCGAUAAUUUUUCUAAUGUAGCGAUAACGAAUGGACACUUGCAAAUUUUAUAUGUUGACAAAUUUGAAACAAACUUUGCAAGUAAGCGCUAUGUCCUAAGAGGAUUCAACAUUAAUGACUCCUGAUUUCUCAUCGUAGUCGAUUGAGUUACAUUAGAAAUCAAAUUCGGAUUUUAUUUGAAAAUAUA